CCCAGCCUCCCGUUGCGAUCCUCCGGAGCGGCUGCGGGAGCGGCGGGCGGCCGGGCCGGCAUGCAUCCAUCCCCGCCCGCGGCCGCGGCCGCUGCCCUAGCGGGAAUUACAGCCUCUCCCAGCCAGCUGCCAGCAUGAUUUCAUCUGCUGGAGGAUUUUUGCAUCUGAUCGCUUGAGGUUUUGUUGUUGUUGUUUUUUUUUUUUUCCUCCCUCUGUCUUUGUUUCCUUCCCCCUUUCCCCCCCUUCCCCUCCCUCCAUCCCCCCUUUCCUCCUCCUCCUCUUUUUUAGAAGCAGCAAUCGGAGAUGGAUGUCUCUCUUUGCCCUACCAAGUGCACUUUCUGGAGGGUAUUUUUGCUCUGGAGCAUUUGGGGAGACUAUCUGCUUUCGGUGCUGGCUUGCCCUGCUAAUUGUCUUUGCAGCAAGACAGACAUCAAUUGCAACAAGCCGGAUGAUGGGAACCUCUUCCCUCUCUUGGAAGGGCAGGAUUCAGGCAGCAGCAAUGGCAACACGAGCAUCAAUAUCACGGACAUCUCAAGGAACAUCACUUCCAUACACAUAGAAAACUGGAAGAACUUGCAGACACUGAACGCCGUUGACAUGGAGCUGUACACAGGACUCCAGAAGCUGACAAUCAGGAACUCAGGACUACGAAACAUCCAGCCACGCGCCUUUGCCAAGAACCCUCACCUGCACUACAUAGACCUCUCCGGGAACCGCCUCACCACUCUGUCAUGGCAACUCUUCCAGACCCUGCGGCUCUUUGAACUGAAACUAGAGAGGAACCUUUUUAACUGCAGCUGUGACAUUCGCUGGAUCCAGCUCUGGCAGGAGAAGGGUGAGGCAAACCUGCAGCACCAGGGCCUCUACUGCAUGACCAUGGAUGCAGCCAUCAUCCGUUUGCAGGACAUGAACAUCACCCAGUGUGACCUUCCUGAGAUCAGUGUGAGCCACGUGAACCUGACGGUGCGGGAAGGGGAGAACGCUGUCAUCACCUGCAACGGUUCGGGAUCGCCGCUGCCGGACGUUGACUGGACAGUGGCCGAACUCCACUCCAUCAACACCCACCAGACCAACCUCAACUGGACCAAUGUUCAUGCCAUCAAUUUGACCUUGGUGAACGUCACCAGUGAGGACAAUGGAUUCCUGCUCACCUGCAUUGCCGAGAACGUGGUGGGGAUGAGCAAUGCCAGUGUGCUGCUCACCGUCUACUAUCCCCCUCGCAUCCUUACUCUGGAGGAGCCGGUGCGACACCUGGACCACUGCAUUGCGUUUGCAGUGCAAGGGAACCCAGUUCCCACCCUUCACUGGCUGCACAACGGCCAGGUGCUCCGGGAGACAGAGAUCAUCCGCGUGGAGUUAUACCAGCAAGGGGAAGUGUCUGAGGGUUGCCUGCUCUUCGACAACCCCACUCACUACAACAAUGGCAACUACACGAUUGUGGCCACCAACCAGCUGGGCUCAGCCAACCAAACUAUCAAAGGACACUUCCUUGAAAAACCCUUUCCAGAGAGUACAGACAACUUUGUCUCAAUCGGGGAUUAUGAAGUGAGUCCCACCCCACCAAUCACUGUGACCCACAAACCAGAAGAGGACACUUUUGGGGUUUCCAUAGCAGUUGGGCUGGCAGCUUUUGCUUGUGUCCUCUUGGUCGUCCUCUUUAUUAUGAUCAACAAGUAUGGUCGGCGGUCCAAGUUUGGGAUGAAAGGUCCCGUGGCAAGUGAUCAGCGGAGAGGAGGAUUCAGCCAGUCCUCUCCACCACAUCAACCAUGGCAUCACGACACCCUCAUCCCUGGACGCUGGCCCGGACACAGUGGUGAUCGGCAUGACCCGCAUUCCCGUCAUCGAGAACCCCCAGUACUUCCGACAAGGUCACAACUGCCACAAGCCAGACACGAUGUCCAGCAUAUUAAGAGGAGAGACAUCGUUUUGAAGAGGGAGCUGGGAGAAGGUGCCUUUGGGAAGGUGUUCUUGGCCGAGUGUUACAACCUCAGCCCCACCAACGACAAAAUGCUGGUGGCAGUGAAGGCACUGAAAGACCCCACGUUGGCAGCCCGCAAGGAUUUCCAGCGGGAGGCGGAGCUGCUCACCAACCUGCAGCACGAGCACAUCGUCAAGUUCUACGGCGUGUGUGGGGACGGAGACCCGCUCAUCAUGGUCUUUGAGUACAUGAAGCACGGUGACCUGAACAAGUUCCUGAGGGCACAUGGCCCAGACGCUAUGAUCCUCGUGGAUGGGCAGCCUCGACAAGCCAAAGGGGAGCUAGGGCUAUCCCAGAUGCUCCACAUCGCUAGCCAGAUCGCCUCUGGAAUGGUGUACCUUGCCUCCCAGCACUUUGUCCAUAGAGACCUGGCCACCAGGAACUGCUUGGUCGGAGCCAACCUGCUGGUGAAGAUUGGAGACUUUGGGAUGUCAAGAGAUGUCUACAGCACUGAUUACUACAGGGAAGGGCCGCGUCCGAAGGGCCAGUUCAGCGCAGCGUGGCAGCGACAGAGACUGGCACCGCCGGCAGCUGCAACAGUUGGAGGACACACCAUGCUGCCUAUCCGCUGGAUGCCUCCAGAGAGCAUCAUGUACAGGAAGUUCACAACAGAGAGUGACGUCUGGAGCUUCGGGGUGAUCCUCUGGGAGAUCUUCACUUAUGGGAAGCAGCCCUGGUUCCAGCUCUCAAACACAGAGGUAAUUGAGUGCAUUACCCAAGGCCGAGUUUUGGAAAGGCCUCGAGUCUGCCCCAAGGAGGUUUAUGACAUCAUGUUGGGCUGCUGGCAGAGAGAACCUCAGCAACGGCUCAACAUCAAGGAGAUCUACAAGAUCCUUCAUGCUCUGGGCAAGGCCACACCAAUCUACCUGGACAUCCUUGGCUAGCAGUGGCCACUUGUUGGAAGUCCUUGCUCCUUCCUUCCAUCCUUCCUUCCCUCUCCCCCUCCCAAGUCCUUUGCCCCUCAGCUCCCAAGCAAACAUCUUCAUAUAAACUCAAGUGCCUGCUACACAUACAACACUGAAAAAAAACAAAACAAAAAAAGCAAAACAAAAAGCAAACCAACAAAAAUCCCAGAGAACAACAACCUGUAAGGCAGUUUGGCUUAUAUAUAUAUUUAUAGAUAUCUCUCUAUAUAUAACUUCCACACCAAUACAAAAAGAAGCUGCUGUUACAGAAAAUUGUAAGACU